GAAACACCCUAUAUAUUUUAUUUCUUAUCACAUCAAGUACAAAACUCUUAAAAGUUUUAUAGAUUGAGAACACAGACCCUCAGGCAAAGAGAACACUGAAAAGAAAACAUUUUUAUGGUCGAAGGAAUCCAAUAAUCGAAUCCUGCUUUUAUCCUCCAAUACAAAAAAAAAUGGCUACUCUAUAUCAAGCUUGCUCUUCGUCUUCAAGUACACCAUUGCUUUUGGCGAAAAGGGUGUUUUCUCUAGCUUCAUCGCCGCAUAGCUUCACGAGCGGAUACAAAAUCCCUCGCCAUUGUAGCAGCUUCGGAGCAUUUAACUCUGCGUCUACCUCAGUUUGUGUCGAUUUAAAAGAACUGAGAAGCAAUGAAUUGGUGGACUUGGAGUAUGCAGAGCUAAACCUCAUGUAUAAGAUAUCUGAAGAAGUGGGGCAUGUAAGAAUCAGACAGCAUGUUAAUCCUCUCAGUGCCUCUUUCUCUAAACCAGCUCCAGUUCCUGUUUGGGAUGAAGUUUAUAAGGAUCCAUCUCUUCCUCUGAUGGUGGAUAUUGGAAGUGGUAGUGGCAGAUUUCUCCUAUGGCUAGCUAAUAAGAAUGCUGGAUCGACAAAUUUCUUAGGAUUGGAGAUACGUCAGAAACUGGUCAAACGCGCCAACUUUUGGGUGGAUGAGCUCGGACUUUCAAAUGUACACUUCAUAUUUGCAAACGCCAUGGUUUCCUUUGAACAACUGAUAACGAGUUAUCCUGGACCGUUGGAGAUUGUCUCAAUCUUGUGUCCAGAUCCUCAUUUCAAGAAACGUCAUCAAAAGAGACGUGUUGUCCAAAAGCCUUUGGUUAAUUCCAUUCUUCAAAACCUAAAACCCGGCGGAAAGAUAUUUGUGCAAUCAGAUGUGCUGGAUGUGGCUCAAGACAUGAGAGAUCAGUUCGACGAGGAAUCAAGUGUUCUUCAACACAUGGACGACACAGUGGCCACAGAGGAGGAUGGUUGGUUAAUGGGAAACCCGAUGGGUAUACGAACGGAACGAGAGAUCCACGCAGAAUUCGAAGGUGCAAGAAUCUACAGACGACUUUACCAGAAACGUCAGCUUACAUCAUGAUUCAGUUUAUUUUUCCAAACAACCAAAUUUGGUCGUCGUUUGAGUUCUUAGUCAAUGCUAACGGAAUCGUUUAAAACCAAACCGUACCAGGACUUUCUUAGUUGAUUAAAACAAGACAUGUGACUUGUAUUAAAUGAUAAAGAUCUGUGGAUUAGGUCAUUAGGUGUGUCUUAAUUUGACUGGAAUCAGAUCCUUAUCCGUAAUAUUUUUCAUUAUCUAUAGAACUUA